AUGGAUAUACUCAUUAACUGGGGCUGUUGUUCGUCAGAUAUAGAUGGUGAGAGUUAUGUAACUUGUCUAAAGUGUUCUAAAGCUUUUCACUAUGCAUGUUUGGCACUAGAUAUUUCAUCCGUAAGUACAGAGAUGGAAAAAAUAUGGACCUGCCCGGAAUGUGUUGAGAAUAUUCGCGUAUCAAAAACCGACGAUACCCCUGUUCGUAACAUAAGCACAACGAGGGGCAACAAAAGAGUAGCUCUUAACUCGCCACCGAUGGCCAAGGACACGGUGAACAUUACUCGUGAGGAUAUUAGGAACAUUGUCCAGGAGGUGUUUAAGGAGAUUUUGGCUGAUACUUUGAGCAAAUUUAACGAUACCAUUAAUAAUGAGAUCAAACCCCUUCGAGAUCAAAUCUGUUCGCUCACGGAGUCCAUGGCUUUAAUGAACAGCCUCUGCAGCGACGCUGUUAAGCGAAACGAAUUAUCGGAAUCUAAAAUUACGACACUGGAAAGCGAAAAUGCUGAAUUAAAAAGUAACGUUCAGAAUCUUUUUUUGCGGUGUAACAACUUGGAGCAACAACUGCGCCAAACCAACAUAGAAAUUCAGUGUAUACCCGAACGUAAAAGUGAGAAUCUUUUGGAGUUGAUUAAGUGUGUUGGAAAGGUGAUUGGUUGCGAAAUCGUCGAUAGUGAUAUUAUGCAUUUUACUCGUGUUGCUAAGCGAGCAUCUAUCCCCUGCCAACAAGGCUCUGCACGCUGCGACUAG